AUGGCGCACAACACAAACCAUAUGAGUAUGCUUAUCAUAGAUAACGGAACCUUUGAAUGCCGCGCUGGUUUGACCUCUGGGACCGAUCCUCUCAUUAGAAUGAAGAAUCAAGUUUGCCGGAUUAAGGAAAAAGACGGUAAAUUAGCCUAUGCAGUUGAAGGAGCGAAAAGAAGACGUAUUUCUAGCUCAACAACAAUCAAGUGCAUGUUUGAUGGACCAGUUGUAUAUAAUUAUGAGGUUUUUGAAGGCACAAUUGCUGCUUUGUUAGCAGAGUUAGGUACAAAACGACCAGAUACGUUGAUUAUGACUGAAUGCCUGCUUAAUCCACGUAUGUUUAAGAUACAGGCCUUAUCAGUGGCUUUUGAAACUUUUCGGUUUAAACAAGUUCAAUUUGGUUAUGAUUUUAUCUAUGCUUAUGAAUACAAUUGGCGUAAUAAUGAUAAGAUGGAUAAAUCGGUUGAAUUUAAACGGCCUUUUUGUGAUGUAGUGAUUGCUAUGGGACAUCAGGGCAUAACUACUGUACCAAUUGAUCCAUUGACUAAACGCAUUAUUUACCAGCAAGCAACUUUCUUGCCUUUAGGAGGACUACUAGCCCAGCAGUUGUUUGUUGAAUCAGUCUCUUCUAAGUAUUACAGCACCGGAGCCAAAAUACCUAAGGAAGAGAUAGAGGCGCAGUUUCGUGAGAUAAGAGUGGCUGAAGAUUACUUUGCCGAAAUAGAAGAGGUUGUCCGCGAAGGAAAGGGCAACGUACGCCUAAUGCCACCGGCCAAAGAGAAGCCACCUAAGCCAAAGAUCUUUCCCAGGAAGAAAGUCAAAGUUGGGGCCGUAGCCAAGACAAGUGAGGCGGCCGGUGAUGAAAUAGGAGAGGGCGAAAUAGGCGAAGAUAAUGAAGUAGGGGAUGAAGUAGGGGAGGGAGAAGAAGUAGGAGAGGGAGAAGAGUUGGGAGAAGAAGUAGGCGAAGAUGAAGUUGUGGUGGAUGCGGAUCCAGCGGUAGUAGCCGAGGAAGAGUUGCGGAAGAUGAAAAGAGAGAAGCUAAUUAGGGGGGCAACAGAGCAUCGGAAUAAGCAGAAGGUAGUUAAGUGCUUGCAAAGACUGGAAAGUAGGAUUCUUUUCUUGGAAGAUAGAUUGUUGUUGAUUUCAAAACCAGAAGAGUUUAUGGGGAUUAGGAAGGAACGAUUGCAGUACUUGGAGAAAUGGGUCAAGAAACGUAACUUUGUGCGCAAUGAGUUAAAGAACAAGAAAAGUCAGUACUCCUUGGCUUUGCUUAAACAAACCUUAGCAGCUGCUAAUCAAGAGCCAACUAUAGAGACUUCUGUGCUACUAGAUGAUAUUCAAGAUGCCCAAGGGAGUGAUGAAGCCUUGUUGGAAGAGAUAGACCAAAUAGAUGCGUUUUUAAGACAUCAUGAUCCGACUUAUCAGUCAAAAGAAGAGAAUCUUUUUGAUCGGAUUAGAAAUGGGUAUGGGAAAGAUCGUGGAGGGAUUAACAUUAAUAUCGAAUUUAUUAGAAUAACUGAAGCGAUCUUUAAUCCGGGUCUAGUUGGAAUUGAUAAUCCAGGAGUUGUUGAGAGUUUAGCUGAUAUCUUUAAGCGACAAGAUGUGCGUAAUAUCUUUCUGACGGGUGGAUUUAGUCAGAUCAAAGGCUUAAAAGAAAGGAUUGCCCGUGAGAUCAAGCCUUUUAGAUACUUCCCCAACACGCCUAAUAUUGUGGAUGCUUUAGAUCCAGUGAAUGAUGCGUUUAAAGGGGCUUCCUUAGCAUCUGAAUACUUUCCAACCUACACUUUGGAAGAGUACAAGAAGAAGGGUGAAGAUCUUGUUCCUAGCGCGGAAUACGAGUAA